AAACUUAGAUAUUUAGCUGCAGCAAAGAUGGAACCAACUUAUGCCAGGACUGUCUUCCCCUGCUUUGACGAACCAGAGAUGAAAGCAGAGUUCAAGAUGAACAUUAUCAGACCAAAGCAUUACAUUUCAUUGUUCAACACUGAAAAAGUUUGA